GUUCGAUUUAUAUUGUUUUUGACGGUUCCAAAUUUGAACUUCAUUCUAAAUUUCUGUUUCCCAUUAGGAGCUGUGCUUCACAAGGGCUAAAAUGUCAAGGCCUUAUGUCAAUAAAUUCACUCUCAGAGGUUUAAAGAGGUUGUAUGAGCUCUGGCCUGUGGUGACUAUAUCUGCUGGUGACAUUGUCUUAAUUGCAUCUUCGACUGCUUGGCAGAUGAACACCAGGGACAUAACGGUGAACAAGCGGAGGAAGCCGAUCAACGAGAGGGUCGACCUGCUGAACCCCAAAAGUCUCAAACUGGCGGUGAUCCAGUACCCUCCUCGACCAGUUCCCGAGCUGCACAGCAUCUACCAGACCAUGGACGCCGAACACGCACGACGAGCCCGCGAGCUGGAAGCCAUCCGCAAGACCAAGAAAAAGCGCAGCUAAAUAGAAUUUGCAGUUUAACCGGUUAAACGUAUACAUGAUUAAACCCGAAAUGUCAAGCCUUA